AUGGGGUCGGUGUCCCUGAACGUGGCGUCGUCCCGGCGCGGCGGGCGGCGCCUGGCGUGCCUCUGCUCGCCCGCGCUGCUCAACCUCCUCGUGCUGCUCUCCAUCCUCUCCACCAACCUCCUCGCGCUCCUCGCCUUCCUCUCCCCCCGCGCGCACCCCGUCCCCGCCGCCACCGCAAACCUCUCCACCACCUCCUCCUCGUCCGCCAUCUCCGCGCAGGUGGCCGCCAUCGCGCGGGAGAUCGACGCGACCCGCCUCGUCCCGCACCGGGCGGCGGGCGACGGCGGCGGCACCACCCUGCCCCUGGAGCUGCUCCUCUUCCUGUCCCUGCACGCGCUGCGGCUGGGCCGCGACGCGCGCCUCGGGCUCACCCACAUGCCGGCCUUUGUCGCGCACGCCUGCUUCAGCUCCCCGUCCACGCUCGCGCUCCUCGCCGCGUUCGCCACCUACGCGCCCUACGCCGCCUGCCCGCGCAACGCCACGCUCCCGCACCGCCUCAUCUCCAAGGCCUGCGAGCCGCUGCCCCGCCGCCGCUGCCUCUCCCGUGGCCCGCGCGCCGCGCUCCCGUCCUCCAACAUGGGCGUCGACAGCCACCGCUGGGUGAAGCCGCGCCACGACCACGAGUUCCUCAUCGACGACGUCCUGCGCCUCGCCGCCGGCGCCGGCAAGAUCCGGAUCGGCUUCGACGUCGCCGGCGGCGCCGCCAACUUCGCCGCCCGGAUGAGGGAGCGCGGGGUCACCGUCUUCACCACGGUGCUCGACAACGCCGGGAAGCCCAUGAACGAGUUCGUGGCGGCCAGGGGACUGUUCCCGCUGCUGCUCUCGCCCGCGCACCGGUUCCCCUUCUACGACGGGGUGUUCGACCUCGUGCACGUCGGCACCACCGCAUUGGCCGAAGGCGGGUCGCCGGCGUUGGGACAGGCCGGGACGGAGGAGGCGCUGGAAUUCUUCAUGUUUGAUGUCGACCGGGUGCUGCGCGCCGGUGGGCUCCUCUGGAUUGACAGCUACAUGUGCCACAGCGAUGAACGGAGGCAGGUGCUUGUCAGGCUCAUUAGCAGGUUUGGUUACAAGAAGCUCAAAUGGGUAAUGGGAGAGAAGGCCGGGACAGGGGGUGCAAAGGCAGCAAUGUACUUCUCUGCGGUGUUGCAGAAGCCGGCACGGGGUUGA